CAUUUAAUUAUCUGUCAUCCAAUCUUUUCCACCAGGUUUGCCAAUAUGGAACAUGGAAACUACACAGGUGUUUCACAAUUCAUUCUUCUGGGAUUGAGCACGGAUCCAGAAAUCCAACCUCUCUUCUUUACCCUGUUUCUGUCCAUAUACCUCAUCAUCCUCUUGGGAAACCUACUCAUUGUUCUGGCUGUCAGCUUUGACUCCCACCUCCACACACCCAUGUAUUUCUUUCUUUCUAAUCUCUCCUUCACUGACAUCUGUUUCAGCACAACCACACUCCCAAAGAUGCUGGCAAACAUCAAAGCUCAAAAUCAACGCAUCACUUACACAGGAUGUCUCAUGCAAAUCUGCUCUUCCUUGGUUUUUGCUGGUUUGGAAAAUUUUCUCCUUGCAGUAAUGGCCUAUGACCGCUAUGUGGCUAUCUGUCAUCCUCUGAGGUACACUAUUAUCAUGAGCCCUACCCUCUGUGGCUCGCUCUCCCUACUCUCCUUGUUCAUGAGCCUUAUGAAUGCACUACUUCAGAGUCUGAUGGUCUUGCGCCUGUCCUUCUGCACAGACUUGGAAAUCCCUAACUUCUUUUGUGAACUUGCUCCAGUUCUCAAACUUGCCUGCUCUGAUACCUUCAUCAAUUACAUCCUAGCAUAUUUGGUGAUUACAUUUUUGGGUGGUGUUCCUGUAUCUGGAAUUAUUUUCUCUUACACACAGAUCAUCUCUGCUGUCCUGAGAAGGACAUCAGGAGGCAGAAAGUAUAAAGUGUUUUCCACUUGUGGGUCUCAUCUCUCGAUUGUUUCUAUAUUCUAUGGAACUGCCCUUGGUGUGUACAUCAGUUCUACAUUUCCACACUCCUCCAGGGAGACAGCUGUAGCCUCAAUAUUAUAUAGCAUGGUCCCUCAAAUGAUGAAUCCCUUUAUCUACAGCCUGAGGAACAGAGACAUGAAGGAAGCUUUGAGAAAAUUCAUCAAUAGAAUAAGAUUAUUUUAG